UAAGCAUCACACCACUGCUUCUGGUCCAGCCAAAGUUGGAGUAUUUCUGGAUGAGCAGUCUACUCCAUGAAGAUAAACCAUCCUAAACCAUCCUUAGGCGCCUUUGAAGAAACUCAGGAGACAGAGCCAGCCCUCGGUGGGGUGGCCGGGAGGACAGCCUGGGAGCUGGCGAUUGGUGUCGCCGGCUGGGGCUGGGGCUGCAAGCUGUUUCCAGCGCUUUUGUCUGAUGCUGGGAGCAAGGCUUAGCAGUGUGAGGGACAAUCGGAGCCACUCAGGCAGGCUGCUGCGUUGUGAUCUGCUUUCGCUGUGGCCAGACCAGGCUGCCGGAGCCCCCAGGCGGGACCGAGGUGUUUUCUUGCUAACCUGAGCACAGAAGCCCGGGUUGCUUUUACCAGCAAAUAUUUCUGAAAGCAGUGGCAGCAGCCUUGGUCCCCUGGACUGAGAAACACUAGCAGGGACUCAAGCCCUGGCCCUUCCUCAUCCCAAGGGAGCCCUCAGCCCCUCUCAGAGAGCCGGAGCUGGGCUUGCCUGUGACCCUGGGUCCGCCCCCGGGCUGGGGCUAGGGUCCUGAGUGCCAGCGCUGGGGGCGAGAAGCAGGAGCGUGGCUGCUCGCCCGGGCUCCCACAGACAGCCGGGCUGCCGGGCUCAUGGUGCCGCUUCCCCAGGAUCGCUCUCCUGCCUGUACCGUGUUUGGGUCUUGAGUGUCCACGGCUGAGCUGCUAGUGAUCUUCCCCAGCCUGCCUCCAGGAGCUAGGACUGCAGAGGAGCCCACCAUGGUGUUCCCGGGACCCCUGGCUGUCACCCUGUUGCCGCCCAGCCUCACACUGCUGGUGGUCCGUCUGUCCAGCUCCCAGGAUGUCGCCACUGAACCCAGCAGUGAGCAGCAGCUGUGCACCCUGAGGGAACACCCCACUGUGGCCUUUGCAGAUCUGAAGCCGUGGAUCUUCAACUUCACCUACCCUGGAGCCCGCGAUUUCUCCCAGCUUGCACUGGAUCCCUCCCGGAACCAGCUCAUCGCGGGAGCCAGGAACUACCUCUUCCGACUCAGCCUUGCCAAUGUUUCCCUCCUUCAGGCCACCGAGUGGGCCUCCAACGAGGACACGCGCCGCUCCUGCCAAAGCAAAGGGAAGACUGAGGAGGAGUGUCAGAACUACGUGCGAGUCCUGAUUGUCACUGGCCGGAAAGUGUUCAUGUGCGGGACCAAUGCCUUUGCCCCGGUGUGCUCCAGCAGACAGGUGGGGAACCUCAGCCGGACCAUAGAGAAGAUCAAUGGUGUGGCCCGCUGCCCCUACGACCCGCGCCACAACUCCACAGCUGUCAUCUCCUCUCAGGGGGAGCUCUAUGCGGCCACCGUCAUUGACUUCUCAGGGCGGGACCCCGCCAUCUACCGCAGCCUGGGCAGCGGGCCACCACUUCGCACCGCCCAGUAUAACUCCAAGUGGCUCAAUGAGCCAAACUUUGUGGCAGCCUACGAUAUCGGGCUGUUCGCGUACUUCUUCCUGCGGGAGAACGCGGUGGAGCACGACUGCGGGCGCACAGUAUACUCUCGGGUGGCCCGGGUAUGCAAGAACGACGUGGGGGGCCGCUUCCUGCUGGAGGACACGUGGACCACGUUCAUGAAGGCCCGGCUCAACUGCUCCCGCCCCGGCGAGGUGCCCUUCUACUACAAUGAGCUGCAGAGUGCCUUCCACCUGCCUGAGCAGGACCUCAUCUACGGGGUCUUCACCACCAAUGUAAACAGCAUCGCCGCUUCUGCUGUCUGCGCUUUCAACCUCAGUGCCAUCUCCCAGGCUUUUAAUGGCCCAUUUCGCUACCAGGAGAACCCCAGGGCUGCCUGGCUCCCCAUCGCUAACCCCAUCCCCAACUUCCAGUGUGGCACCCUGCCCGAGGUGGGCCCCAACGAGAACCUGACGGAGCGCAGCCUGCAGGACGCGCAGCGCCUGUUCCUGAUGAGCGAGGCUGUGCAGCCGGUGACACCCGAGCCCUGCGUCACCCAGGACAGCGUGCGCUUCUCGCACCUCGUGGUGGACCUGGUGCAGGCCAAGGACACGCUCUACCACGUGCUCUACAUCGGCACGGAGUCGGGCACCAUCCUGAAGGCACUGUCCACGGCGAGCCGCAGCCUCCGCGGCUGCUACCUGGAGGAGCUGCACGUCCUGCCCCCCGGGCGCCGCGAGCCCCUGCGCAGCUUGCGCAUCCUGCGCAGCGCCCGCGCGCUCUUCGUGGGGCUGAGCGACCGCGUGCUGCGGGUCCCGCUGGAGAGGUGCGCCGCCUACGGCAGCCAGGGGGCGUGCCUAGGGGCACGGGACCCAUACUGCGGCUGGGACGGGAAGCAGCAACGUUGCAGCACGCUUGAGGACAGCUCCAACAUGAGCCUCUGGACCCAGAACAUAACAGCGUGUCCUGUGCGAAAUGUGACUCGGGAUGGGGGCUUUGGCCAGUGGUCACCAUGGCAACCAUGUGAGCACUUAGAUGGGGACAAUUCGGGCUCUUGCCUUUGUCGGGCCCGAGCCUGUGACUCCCCCAGACCCCGCUGUGGGGGCCAAGACUGCCUGGGACCAGCCAUCCACAUUGCCAACUGUUCCAGGAAUGGGGCGUGGACCCCGUGGUCCUCGUGGGCCCUGUGCAGCACGUCCUGCGGGAUCGGAUUCCAGGUCCGCCAGCGAAGUUGCAGCAACCCUGCUCCCCGCCACGGGGGCCGCAUCUGCGUGGGCAAGAGCCGGGAGGAGCGGUUCUGUAACGAAAACACGCCUUGCCCGGUGCCCAUCUUCUGGGCGUCCUGGGGCUCCUGGAGCAAGUGCAGCAGCAACUGUGGGGGCGGCGUGCAAUCGCGGCGGCGGUCCUGUGAGAACGGCAACUCCUGCCCUGGCUGCGGCGUGGAGUUCAAGACGUGCAACCCGGAGGGCUGCCCGGAAGUGCGGCGCAACACGCCGUGGACGCCGUGGCUGCCCGUGAACGUGACUCAGGGUGGGGCGCGGCAGGAGCAGCGCUUCCGCUUCACGUGCCGCGCGCCCCUGCCCGACCCCCACGGCCUGCAGUUUGGCCGGAGGAGGACGGAGACGAGAACCUGCCCAGCGGACGGCUCGGGAGCCUGCGACACCGACGCCCUGGUGGAGGAUCUGCGCAGCGGGGGCACCUCCCCGCACUCAGUGAGCGGGGGCUGGGCCGCGUGGGGCCCGUGGUCGUCCUGCUCCCGGGACUGCGAGCUGGGCUUCCGCGUCCGCAAGAGAACGUGCACGAACCCGGAGCCCCGCAACGGAGGCCUGCCAUGCAUAGGCGACGCCGCCGAGUACCAGGACUGUAACCCCCAGGCUUGUCCAGUGCGGGGUGCCUGGUCCUGCUGGACCUCCUGGUCUCCGUGCUCAGCCUCCUGUGGUGGAGGCCACUAUCAACGCACACGUUCCUGCACCAGCCCCGCACCCUCUCCAGGCGAGGACAUCUGUCUUGGUCUGCACACAGAGGAGGCACUGUGUGCUACACAGGCUUGCCCAGAAGGCUGGUCACCAUGGUCUGAGUGGAGUGCAUGCACUGAGGACGGAGCCCAAAGCCGCAGCCGGCACUGUGAAGAGCUGGUCCCAGGGCCCAGCACCUGUGCUGGAAACAGCAGCCAGAGCCGCCCCUGCCCCUACAGCGAGAUUCCUGUGAUCCUGCCUGCCUCCAGCAUGGAGGAGGCCACCAGCUGUGGAGGGUUCAGUCUCAUCCACCUGGUAGCCACAGGUGUCUCCUGCUUCCUGGGCUCUGGCCUGCUGACCUUGGCAGUGUACCUGUCCUGCCAGCACUGCCAACGCCAGUCCCAGGAAUCCACACUCGUCCAUCCUGCCACCCCCAACCACCUGCACUACAAGGGUGGGGGCACCCCCAAGAAUGAGAAGUACACACCCAUGGAGUUCAAGACCCUGAACAAGAAUAACCUGAUCCCCGAUGACAGAGCCAAUUUCUACCCAUUGCAGCAGACCAAUGUGUACACAACCACCUACUAUCCCAGCCCACUGAACAAACACAGCUUCCGGCCUGAGGCCUCACCUGGACAACGGCCAAGAACUUGCUGCCUUGCCUGUGAGGGUCCCAUCCGACUUCAAAGAGCUCUGGCUGGCGGUGACCAUGGGGGAGAGGGCUGGCUUCCGGCUGGCACAUGGCUGCAGUUCUGGCUUAGCCCAGGUCUCUCAUGGCCUCCUUGCGACCCACUACCAUGCUGAUCUCCCCUGCUGUGUCUGGGCUGUGGACCUCCUGGGCAUGCGAGGAACUGGAGAGCAGAGAUGGCAGGACAGCAGGCUCUUAGGCUUGGGCUGGAAAUGAUGCUCAUGUGGCCCUCACGGGCUGAGGCUGUCCCUCUCUGGCUGGCCCCAGAAGCUCUGGAUUUUCCGCCCAGGGCUGGGCCACUGUGGUGCUGCCCCAGUGUGAUCUGGGGACCAAGGCUGGCCCAGGUUGUUCACCCUUGUCUAGCAGUCUGUACUUUGCCCAGGGACAUCCCUCUGGUCAGAGGCAGUGAGGGCUGCGGACUGAAGAUCAAUCUUUGCUAAGAAGCCCUUUAAUCUGGGCUGGCACGGGCCUCAGCUUUGCCCUCAGAAUGCAGGAAAGGUGGCCCAAGAGAAAGGGAGGCAGGAGUCCAGCCUCUAUGCCACCAUGGAGACCAUCUUCCAGUUGCUGCUCGGUAGAGCUGUUGGCUGAGACGUGCUUGGGAGUCUCUGCUGGCCCUUCAUCUGUUCAGGAACACACACACACACACACACGCAUACCCACACACACUCAACAUGCUACAGCAACAAAAAGGAUGUUGGGCUGUGGCAUUAUUAAAGAUGAUAUCCUGUGUCCAAAUGUAAUUCUGUCUUCGUGCGUAUGUGUGUGGGCUCCUCUUGGCGUGGGCUAGUCAGUCAGAGCACCGGGAUGAUAGAUGGUCUUCUCAGGGUGGAGGAAAUGACCCACAUAGAAUUUGACUUUCAUAGAGGGUAUCUUUCUACUUGUGAGAAUAGAUACAUACACACGUGUUGCUCUAAACCCUUUUUGGAAAAGAGAUUAGGGACAAAUUGGUAAGUAGGGACACAAGGUACGCCAGAGACAACACAGCUGGAGAU